AUGAACCGUCUACAGGUGAAUUUACGGGGACUGCCGCCUCACAUAUUGGACAAUGUCUUAAAACCUGACACCGUGCAAACACGCAGGCCAGCAGAGAGUGGCUUAACAGCACUAACUUUUCCUAAGUCCAAAGUGGCUCUGUGGGACCCCACUGCUAAUGGAGAUGUUGUCAGCCUUCAUCUCUCAUAUUACAGGAACCCAAGAUUACUCCUGGUGGAGAAAGCCCUACGGCUGGCCCACCGUCACGCCCGGCAGAGCAACAAAUCUCAGUUUUCCUGUUUCCUCCUUGGGACGCUUACUGUGGACAGUGAUGAGGAAGGUGUGACUUUGACCCUGGAUCGCUUUGAUCCAGGCAAAGAACACACUGGUUCCCCUGGAAAGGCUCCCACAGCCCUGCUCCCAGGGGAUGCUCUUGUACCCUGUGUAUUUGAAGCUCAUCAGGUGUCAUCAGUGGACACUGUGGUGCACUCUGCAGAUGAUUUCAACAUCUCAUUUAAGAUGCUCCAGCACUGUUGCAGCAGUAAAGAGACUCUGGACGUGUCUAAGCUUCUUGUCCUGCGUGCUCGCUUUAGCUGCACAGAGCAGCUGGACAGACUGAGUUUUAGUCUGCACUGGGCAGCUGUCACAGUGUCCAGUAUACUAGAUGCCGUCCCAGUCAGGGCAGUGCCCAUCAUCCCCACGGCACUGGCUAGGAACCUCAGCUCCCCAGCAAGCGUGGCCCAGUCUCACACAGCCUGCCGAAAACGCGGCUUCUUGACCAUGGACCAAACUCGGAAACUGCUUCUAAUACUUGAAUCUGAUCCAAAGGCUUAUACCCUUCCUCUUGUAGGAGUAUGGUUGAGUGGGAUUACACACAUACAUAAUCCCCAGGUGUGGGCUUGGUGCAUGAGGUACCUGCACUGCUCCGCCCUUCAAGACAGGGUAACGUCCGAAGGUGGUGCAUUCUUGGUGGUUCUGUAUUCACUGACACACAGAGAUCCAGAGUUCUACCAGGUCCAUCUUUGUGAUGGGCAGCAGGACAUGAGCUUUCAGCUGCUCACCAGCACAGAGUCUAUUACACUGUACAAGAAUGUAGAGCCGUCUGAAGGGCGUCCUUUGCAGUUUGAGCUCAGUGCUGAAAACCAGAAUCAGGAGACAGAGCUCUUCAAAGAAACCAUGUCCCAUGGUUCAUUCACAAGGAAUGCUGUGAGUGCAUCAUCAUCCUCUCCACAGAGCAAAUUGUCCAUUAGCGAUCAUGAUUCAGGCGUAGAGGAUGAAGACCUUUCACCCAGACCCUCGCCUAACCCUCAUCCUGUCAGUCAACAGGCAAAACGGAUCCACCCUUCAGUGCCUGAACUCUCUUUGGUGAUGGAUGCCAGCUUCAUGGAUGGCAAAAUGGUGGAAUCACGUGACCAGAGCUUUCCACAGGCUCCUUCUGUACAUCUACAGAACAGGGGUAGUGGUUCCUCUCACCAAACCCACACAGGGCCGAGACCACCAGGUCAGGUUGCUCUUGCUGGUCCACCGCCCAUUAGAAGACCCCUUACCCCUGUCCUUUCACAGCCAAAGGCCACCAAAGGACAUACUAAUGUAGGCCAUCACACUCCUAGGCCAGGAAUGAGUAGGAAAUCUGGUCCCUCAAUGGGGAAAAGGCCAAAGGAAAACCAGUCGUCCGCGUCCUCGACCUCAUCUUCCUCCUCUUCAUCCUCUUCACCAAAGACUGGAUGUUCUCCCAAUGGCUCCAUACAUCUGCAGAGGCAGCGUUCCGCACAGGGCCUCACCACCACACCUUCUUUCCCUCUGGCUUCACCAUCUGUACCACAGGCACCAGGUCACUGCAGUCCCAGACACAGCUCAGGGGUCCCAGGUCAAAACCACAUGCAGCCUUCGCAUCAGAACAAGGUCUUCCACAGCACGCCAGCAUCCAAUCCACCUCUUAAUUCUGUGGCAAGGCCUUGUAACUGCUGCUCCAACCACUACACCCAUGGUGCUAUGUACCAUACUGGUUCUUGGACAGGAACACCACCUCACCCAGCCCCAGUGCUUGUGUCUCCCACCACUCCCAGUGGACUGCAUUGUGACAGCCUUCCUCGCGAAGACUGUUGCCUCUCUCCGUCUCGCCAGUCCCUGAGCUGUCCCUCAUCUCUGAACAGGAGUCCAGUCUGCGUUACCACUGCUCCCAGGCCUAGCCCUGCAUCACAUGGGCCAUGUUCUCCAGUACAUAACAGAGGGCCUGUUGAGCACCCAGUGCAUGUCUGUCAGGCUCAGUGUUGCCAGACACGGCCAGGCUACCACGUCCAGUCUGAUGGUGCUCCACUAACCGUUGUGGAUGGGGCGAUGGGCCUACUCCCUGCAGAUGCCUACAGAAUCCUUGUGGAUCAGGACCGCCAACUCAAACAACUGCAGGCCCAGAUUCAGAAGCUCUUAGAAGCCCAGAAUAAGUCAUCCAGUCAUUCGGUAUCCCCUCAACCUAGUUUGGCACAAGAGCAAGUCAUCCAAAAACAGACCUCCCCAAAGCCACAGAGGAAGACAAGUGUCAGUGUUGCUGUUGGAACAGGUGCUAGUUUGUUUUGGAAUGGCACAAGUGAGAGCUCCUCACAUGAAGCUCCACCUUUGGAAUGGCAGUCAGAAAUAAAACCCGGAGCACAUGAUGUCAGCUUGGCCUCCUUAGGGAACUCCCACCACAACCACAGCAUCCUAGACACUGUGAAGGAGGAGGAGAGAGAGGAGCAAACCCCAAAAACACCUUCAAAUCCCGCUACAACGCCACAACAAAAUACACUGUCGAGUGCUGGAGGCAGAUCUUUUCAGAGUCCUGUGCUGGGUGAGAGCAUCAGCAUGUACUGUCAGCCUGAGUCUCCGACUACAGAUGGUUCAUCUGAAGUUAAAGUUGCCGAUGAUCCAAGAUUUUAUCAAGAGCUACUGGCUCAAGUGAAAAGUCGACUCCAGGACUCUGUUGAAGAGGAGGAAAAAGUACGGCGAGAUGAAUGCAUCACGCAUUCAAGAGACAGGCAGAGUUUGUCGCCAACUGGUCAACGGUCUAGGGAUCCUCCUCCAAAACAUUCCCCUCCCCAGCCUCAGAAAAAGGAUCAGAAAGCCAAGGAGUCAGGACAGGAUCAGGUAUUCAGUGCCACAUUAAGACAACUGCAGCAGCUCGGGGUGACUGUGGAGCUUGAUACGGCCCUCCCUGGAAAGGCCACCCGCUCAACUGUGGAGAGUGCAAGCACCCUGGCUUACAUAAACCCUGAGGCAGUAGUUCCAAGACUGGCUCUAUCUGAAUCUAUGGGUACUAGCAUCUGGGGUCCAAGUGGAAGUGUAGACCUGAGCCUGGAGGCCAAUGCCAUUGCCCUAAAGUACCUCAGUGACUCUCAACUCUCCAGACUCUCCAUGGGUGGUCUGUCCCCUGGGUCCAGACCGACUCUCGGUUCUGUGCUUCUGGGAAGGAGCGCUGUGGAAAAGAGCAGUGUCGGACUAAGCAUAUUAUCCCCCAGCAACAUGUCUCUUGCAACUUGUAAGUACAUGAAGAAAUACGGGCUGAUCGAAGCUGGGAACAGCAGUGGAGAAGAAGAUGAGGAUAAUGAAAUCAAACAUAGAGUGCAGACAGACUCUGCCCUUGGGUGUUCUUUACAACUUGAACAAUCAGAAAAUGUCAGUACUGAACAAGAAAGGGACAAUCCAAAAGGUUUAGUGCUCAAGAACAUAACGAACAAAAAGACCCACCCUGUACCCUGUCUUGAGAACUCCCUGAACGAUUCUCAGAGACAUCUGAUCCAAGGUUUACAUCCAAAAACACAGCCUCUUGCCCAUUGUAAGAUAAGCCAAGAGAAGGAAAAUGGUGCCAAGUUGAACCCUCUCCAACGUUAUUCUUCCAUGUCUGAAAAUCAAGGGUCCCAGGAUAACCUGGAGGCACAGGGAUCUGUGGGGAACUUCCUAGAUCUUAGCAGGUUGCGACAGCUCCCUAAGCUCUUCUGA